CCUAAUGCCUUGAAAAUUCACUCGGUUUUCUCUAGAGCCAUGGCAAUUAACACUUCAAGUCCCAUCUUCAACAUCCUUACAAUAUUUCUCUUCACCUUGGUGGUCUUAACUCCAAUGUUUCCAACAAGUGAUGCUGCUCGAUAUACCACUUUUCAAGAAGUUCUUGCAACCCGGCCCAUAUGCCCGGCUUGUGUAUGCUGCGAACCUCCACCGCCAGGCUCCUGCUGUCGUUGCUGUGCCUCUCCAAUUGUCACUCAGUCUCGGAAUGGUUCGCCGUGAACAACCUUAUUUUCUUCAGGGCAUUUCAUUAAUUUUCCUUGUGUAAUCAAUAAUUGUCUCACAUCAAGAAAAAAAUAAAUCUCCACGGCAAAUUUUGUUAUUUCUUGAUGAAAAACAAAUAAUGCAGCAGUAUGUAUUGAUUGAAUAAUGAAAUGUCUUAAUUCUCAAAUUUAAGCAUAUUUAAGAGUGGUGGUUGAACGUGAAAUAUAUUUAUCUUUCCUUUUUUA